UAGUUUUCACUUUUCAGAGCAACGAGGCGAGCACGUGAACGCACCACGGCCCCCCUGCUUGACGGUGGUCAUGUGACCGGAGCGGGCGGCCCAUUCUCGGCUUCUCUCCUGCUUUGGCUCCGAUGUCUGCUGAGUUCGUAGCUGGGAGAAAUGGGCUCUGGCAAUGCACGCAUUUGAUCAGUCAGGGAUCCGAUCAGCUGAGUCUGUGAAUGGCGCCAAAACAGGACCCUAAACCUAAAUUUCAAGAAGGUGAAAGAGUCCUGUGCUUUCAUGGGCCACUGCUGUACGAAGCUAAGGCCUGUUUGUUUGAUUGUUUUACAGUGUGUCAAGAUCAGCAUCAAGGAUAAACAGAUCAAAUACUUCAUUCACUACAGCGGAUGGAACAAAAACUGGGAUGAAUGGGUUCCUGAAAGCAGAGUUCUCAAAUAUGUGGACAGCAACCUUGCAAAACAAAGAGAGCUUCAAAAGGCUAAUCAGGAUCAUUAUGUUGAGGGAAAGAUGAGGGGUUUAGCACCAAGCAAGAAGAUUGCCAACGUGCAGCAGAAAAAUGUUGAUCUAUUAAACAGUCCAGAAGAGACUGGAAUGCUUUUAUUGAAAGCAAAAAAGGCGAAGCAGAAAACUCCAGGCCCAGCUGAAGGUACAAGCAGCGCAGAAAUGCCUCAGGGUCCACGGAAGAAGAGGGCGCGCGUCGAUCCCACUGUGGAGAGUGAGGAGAUGUUCACCAACCGGGUGGAGGUGAAGGUGAAGAUUCCUGAGGAACUGAAGCCGUGGCUGGUGGACGACUGGGACCUCAUCACACGGCAGAAGCAGUUAUUUCAUCUUCCUGCCAAGAAGAGUGUCGAUAUGGUCUUGGAGGACUAUGCGAACUACAAAAAGUCAAAAGGAAACUCGGAUAACAAAGAGUACGCAGUUAAUGAAGUGGUGGCGGGAAUUCGAGAGUACUUCAACGUCAUGCUCGGUACGCAGCUGCUCUACAAGUUUGAGCGACCGCAGUACGCCGAGAUCCUGGCCGAGCACCCGGACACGCCCAUGUCUCAGGUGUACGGAGCCCCGCACCUGCUGCGGCUGUUCGUUCGCAUUGGAGCCAUGCUGGCCUACACUCUGUUGGAUGAGAAGAGUCUGGCUUUGCUCCUCAGUUACCUCCAAGAUUUCCUCAAGUACUUGGUGAAGAAUUCAGCCACCCUCUUCAUCACCACUGACUAUGAGGUGGCGCCCCCAGAGUACCACCGCAAAGCUGUGUGAAAGCUCUCAGACACGCAACACUCGGAGACGCACACAUGAGCACCUUUUUAGGUCACAUGUAAAAUAUCCAUCACUACACUUCCAGACUUGAACUGAUACACUUCCGUCAUGGAGGUCUCAGGAGCGUGUCAGGCCUCAACAACAACAAGAAGAAAAAAAGUUGUAAAAUCUUUAUCAAUUUUCUAUUUUUUCUCCACUUUUUAUUUAUACAUAUUUAUUCAAAAAGAAGUGACGCAUCAUCUCCACAAUUGGCUCUCUUGUGUAAAUCUGCAUUCCAGCUGAGGUGCUUGUUACUGUUGCAUGUGUUUAUUUGUGGUUUAUUUCUGCCUCAUGAGGUGCAAUUUGAUGCUGCGCCUCAAGGUCAGCCAAUAACUUCUAUUUGUAAUUUGUGUGUUUGUAUCAAUUUGUAAAAGAAAAGAAAAAGCAUUUCUACACAGGGUUAUAUGUAUUGUUUUGUCGACUUUGUUCUUGACUUUCUUUAAACUGUUUGGUGUUAUAAUUGCUCUGCAAACAUGCAUUCUGUUAAAAGUACUUGCUGUUUAAUUGGGUCUCACAGCUCUUCCCUGCUGUUCUUGAGUGCAUCCAAAAUCAAGGACUUUCUGUGUACAAAUUCUCUCGAUGCAUCACUGAGCAAAGAAGUACAUCUUUCAUGCAUGUUGGGGUUCCUGGGAAAUAUAAUUUUUGCAACCUAAA